UUUUGCACAUGCGCAGUCGAUCCGUCGACGAAACUUCCUGCCAAAUAGUGGUCCCUAACAACAGACAAAGCUUGAUACUGUGGAUUCAACUGAAGAUGCUUAAAUAAAAGCGUUUCUCAGUUACUCCUUCAAUGGGUCCGGACAGGCUUUCCAGGUGCAGAGAGUAGGCUGAGUGUGCAGAUAUGUCGGGUCGCUCUGCUGCAGAGAUGGAUGACUCGCAGGAGCUGCCUGAACUGCCGGCAAAGAAGCCCAAGCUUGAGAUAGAUAAUGGACUGGAGAAAGAGCCGGGAAAUUUGGGUGAUGAUGGAAGUCCAGCUGUGGUUUUAGGGUCAUCGGAGCAGGACAACUCUUAUUCUGUUUUGUCCACCACCCAGCUUGAUCCCAGUAAUCAGGAGCAGUCAGAUGCAGACAGAGUAUCAGCACCUCAAGCAUGUGGCGAGUCAAUGAACUCAUAUGCUCAUUCUGUGACAGACGCAACAGUCACAUCUGAAUACACCCAUCAGGUCUAUCAAGGAAGCAACCCAGCAGUGACGUCGUUCACUAGCCAGGUGGCCUUUCCUCCACUGGCCCAGUCCACUGUGUACUCAGCCUUCCCCCAGACAGGCCAGACCUACGGUCUCCCGCCCUUCGGAGCCAUGUGGCCAGGCAUAAAAACAGAGACAGGGCUGCCUGAGGCACCCUCUGGUGGUCAGCCUGGAUUUCUCAGCUUCAGCUCCGCAUAUACCUCAACCCAGCCAAGCCAGCUGCACUACUCAUACCCCAGCCAAGGCUCGAGCUUCACAACAUCCAGUGUCUACUCAAACAUACCUUCAGCUACGGCAGUCACUACAGCCUCCACCACAGUGGGCCACCAGGAAUUUAGCAGCUACAACUCUCUGGGACAGAGUACGUUUUCUCAGUACUACACUCUGCCUCCCAGCUUCAUGCCUGCUGGACUGCCCAGCAGUGACGAGCAUGGUGUGGGAGUGGCCGGAUAUUCAGCUGUGAAGUCAGAGCAGGCUGCCUCAGCUGGACGUCCUCCCGGAGAUGCAUCGCCACCAGAAGACCUCCCAGCAGGUGUAGCUCUCCCAGCUGGAGCCAGAGAGCAGGAUGAGGCUGGACGCAGGAAUUCUGUUGGCAAAGCCAAAGGGAAGGGCAAGAAGUCUGACAACUCCCUACCUACUGACAGCGACCUGGAGCGCAUUUUUCUGUGGGAUUUGGAUGAGACCAUUAUUAUAUUCCACUCACUGCUCACUGGCUCCUACGCACAGAAGUUUGGCAAGGAUCCAGCAAUGGUGCUGAACCUGGGCCUGCAGAUGGAGGAGCUGAUCUUUGAGUUGGCAGACACUCACCUUUUCUUCAAUGACCUGGAGGAAUGUGAUCAAGUCCAUGUGGAGGACGUGGCUUCUGAUGACAAUGGACAGGACCUGAGUAACUACAACUUCUUGGCCGAUGGCUUUACUGGCCCCAGUGGUGGAGGGACAUCAGGAGCCACCACAGGCGUCCAGGGAGGAGUAGAAUGGAUGCGCAAACUGGCCUUUCGCUACCGUCGGCUAAAAGAGAUUUACAACAGCUAUAAAGGAAAUGUCGGUGGUCUGUUGAGUCCAAUGAAGAGGGAGCUGCUUCUACAGCUUCAGUCAGAGAUAGAGAAUGUGACAGACGCCUGGCUCAGCACUGCACUCAAGUCUCUGCUGCUCAUCCAGUCCAGGGGGAAGUGUAUGAAUGUGUUGGUCACCACCACUCAGCUGGUUCCAGCUCUGGCCAAAGUGCUGCUCUAUGGUCUGGGAGACGUCUUCCCUAUUGAGAACAUCUACAGCGCCACCAAAAUAGGAAAAGAGAGUUGCUUUGAGAGGAUCAUCUCUCGCUUUGGGAAGAAAGUUACUUACGUGGUUAUAGGUGAUGGACGAGAUGAGGAGUUUGCAGCAAAACAGCACAAUAUGCCUUUCUGGCGGAUCUCCGCUCAUGGCGACCUCAUGUCCCUGCACCAAGCGCUGGAGCUGGACUUCUUGUAAAGGAGAUGGUGUAGAAUGUCACACACGAAAGGGAAAAUGUAGUCGUCAUCCUGUUGGCCUCCACGAC